AUGAAUUUAUAUGAAAUUUAUAGGAGAAAGAAAGCUCUCUUCUCUCAAAUGAAAUUGUCUCUGCUUAGCAAUUUUGUGGUUGGCAAGUCGACUACGGCCUGGAACUGCCUCCUCCCUUAUUCUAAAAGAGGAGCAAAGGUAAUAAUGAUGCUUUUCUUCCCCGUCUGCGUGGAUGACUUUAAACCAGAAGUUUCUUCCUCCAUUCUAAUGACGAUGUUCUGCAAACUUCAAGAACGGUCCAAUCAAUUGGUGAGAGGCUCCAGAGUAACUCAAGCAAGAGAGGAGUUGCAUGGCCUUCAAUCCUGUCAAGGGUACAUCAGUGUAAGAUUGUUUAUGAAGCAGCCCAAAAAUCAAGUGACUAAUUAAACAAUACAAAUUACUCAUUAGUGUGCGUGUCAUGUAAUGCAAAUAGUCUCUUUAGAGCGAGUGCUGAGGUAUAAAGCAUGAUAACAUUUUUCUUUUUU